UCAGGCAUUUCCCCAGGCGGUUUUAGAACAGCGGGUGCGCGGUGCUUGGAGUUCAAAAUCAAUCUCCCCGCGGCGCUUGUUUUUCCGAUCAUGUCGCCGCGACGCUUGAAAAUUUCACAAGCGCUCGCAAGCUCUGAUCCGAAUGUUGUCUGCAUUCGGCCGACGACCAGAUAAAACGCGCACGCGCUAAUCAGCGGUGUGUGCAUAAUGGGCUUUGAUAAGAAGGAUGUGCGUUGGCUGUCACAUGACAAGGCGACCACUACCCUGAGGAGGUGCCUUCCCUCUGUUUACAAAAGCUUGAAGCUUGAGGCCGAAGAAAGAAACGAUGCAAGGGCAGCUGGUACAUCAACAAUUUUGUCCCUCUACAAGCUGGCAGCCGUUGGCCUGCUCCUCCCUACAUCUACAGCUGACUGCGAGAGGGGAUUCAGCACGAUGAAAAGGAUAAAGACGGAGAAUCGUGCUCGCAUGAAGUCUGCUGUCCUCAAUGCACUGAUGACGGUCAGCAUUGAAGGGCCAGACAUUGAGGCAGUAGAUUUCGGGAAAAUGGUGGAUGCCUGGCACCAGGAGAAGCCUCGCAGAACAGUGUUUUGAACAUGUAAUAUGUGACUGUAUUGUUGUUGUUUUUCAAUCAUGUUUUGCUUGCUAAUGUCUACUGUUAUUCUGCUUUUUAUUUAAUAUUUAAAUACAUGACUUGAAUGAAAUAAAUUGAGGACAAAUAAAUAAAUAA